GAGUGAUCGGUCAAUGUGAGACUAACUUCAGUGUGUGCCAUGUGUACUAUCAUCUUCGUGCUGCUGGGUUAUAGUUUCCUGUUUGAAGGGACGAAAGCAAGUGAGGACCAUCCAGUGGUUACCACAAGCCAGGGUCGCAUCGUAGGCAAGAGGCUCGAGUUUAGCCCCUUCGAUCCCGCGCUCCGCAGGAGCGUGGACGCCUACCUCGGCAUACCGUACGCUGAGGCCCCCGUUGGUCCGCUGCGCUUCAAACCUCCCGUCGCCAAGUCAUGGAGCGGGGAGCUUCAGGCUACCAAGCUGGGCAACCGCUGUCCUCAGCCCCCCUUACCUCUGGGAGAAAACAUCACCAUGGCUGGGUCUUUCGAUGAAGAUUGCCUGUGUGUUGACGUAUUUGUGCCUCAGCCUGGCCCUCCAAACUCAGCCGUUCUCGUCUACAUUCAUGGUGGAUCCUUCAUGAUAGGAGCUGGUGUCGCUGGGGGUGUGUACCCAAUUGCCACUGCUGCUGUUGGUAAUGUUAUUGUCGUAACACUGAACUAUCGACUCGGGGCUCUCGGCUUCCUUUCAACGAACGAUGACGUCAUCCGGGGUAACAUGGGCCUUUUAGACCAGCGUCUAGCCAUGGAAUGGGUGAGAGACAACAUCAAAGCUUUCGGCGGUGAUCCUACACGAGUGGCCAUCUUUGGUGAGAGUGCUGGGGCUGCCAGCUUGGGUUUGCACAUGUUGUCACCGGGCAGUAGAGGACUCUACCGGGGUGCCAUCUUGGAGAGUGGUAAUGCCGCUGCUCCCUGGGCAACCAUUCAGGGCAGUAAGGCCCGUGGUCGAGCUUUCACUCUUGGAAAGCUAGUCGGCUGCGAACGACAGACGUCUGAGGACUUGCUGGAAUGCCUGCAGCAGUUGGAGGGAUUUGACAAGAUCAUCGAAAACCAACAUGAGAAGUCACUUUCAGAAUCUGGAGGGGGAGCCUUGCCCUUUGUACCAGUUGUUGAUGGGGAGGUUAUUCCUGCUGAUCCAAAGGACCUCUACGAGCAGGGCGCCAUCAACGAUGCUGUCUCCAUUAUCGGGGCUAAUGCUGAUGAGGGUAUGUUCUUCAUUAAACCUUUCUUCCCGGACAACAUUUACAAGGCGCCGUUUGUCGACAGCUACAGCUUCGACGUGUACGUCAGAUGUUUCCUGGCUUUGAUUGUAAGCCCUGAGCUGAUUGUAGCAGACGCAGCUAAGAUGAUGUAUAUCAAUACUACUUGCGCAAACGCGCCGGACUGUGAUUAUCUCCAGAGCCUCUCGCAGGUUCUUGGCGAUGCCAUGUUCGUCUGUCCCGGGGUGAAAACGGCCAAGGCCUUCACCAAGGCGGGCCGCAAGGUGUACCACUACAACAUGAAGUACGUUGCUACCACGACCUUGAUGGGCAAUAACUGGACCAAGGCUAUGCACGGUGAUGAUCUCAUUUUCAUCGGUGGCCUCCCUCUCUACCCUUCUGCGAGAUGGUCGUUCACUGACGAUGAAGCCUUAAUGUCGAUCCAAACCAUCAAAUACUGGGCCAAUUUAGCCAAAACCGGCAAUCCAAACUUGUCGUCUUUGACUGGUGAGCAGGGGGAGGAGGGGAAGCUGCCGGAAUGGCCGCUGUUUACCCUCGAGGAAAUGGCCUACAAAGACCUGUCACCCUCCAUGGGGAAUGGGCGUGGCAUCAAGAUGAGAGAGUGCCUCAUGUGGAACGAGUUCAUACCAAAACUAGUUCAGAUCGCUGAGGAAGCAAAAACGUGCUACGAGGCUGAGGACGUACGCCUAUAGAAGACUCACAAAAUGGCAUCAUGUCAUAUGGAACACGCACUCGGGCGAUCAACCAAGAGGAAGAGAGGGCUUAACUGCCCUGGCUUUAGGGAUGGAUCAAAUGUAUAAGAUCAUAGAUCAAUGAAAAGUCUAAUCUGUGUAUUUUGCUUUUUUACGGCUAUUGGGGAUCUGAAAAAGACAAGAGGGUAAAUAGAGAGCUCAAAUUAGAUCACGUAAGUACGAUUGUGCAGUUCAAACAUUGAAAGUAAACUUAACUAAUAUUUGCCGAUUAACGGUGCUCAUAUUAUCAGACGUGUUUAGUGUUGAUGGUUCUUUGUACAAUUGAUGCACACUGCUUGUUAUUUAUGGAGCUAUUGACUGCAUUAUGCAUGCUUCAGUGUGCUGACGUCAGUGAGAAUCUCACUGUUAUUUAGGCCUUCCUGCACAUUUUCAAACGUUUUUCGUUCAUAUUCAUAAACUAUUUACUUUAAAUUUGUCUCAAGAAAACCGGAACGCUCCAUCAACGCUUUAGCCAUUGGUAGGUCAAUUCGAAUUUGUCAGAUUGAUCGUGUACGCGCCUAUAUAAUUUAAAGAUUGAUUAAGUUUUCAUUCGAUCAAUAUCCAGAAUGUUUCCAUCAAAUAUGCAGAAUGGUGCACAAUCAUACUAGGCAGGGUAUAUCGCAGGAAAAAAUAUAAAAAGACAAGAACUGAAUCGAAUGUUUGUGGAGAUAUGAAUUCUUAAUACAGUUUGCUUUUCAGAAGUAUAGGCCUACUUUUCUCGCGUGGAACGGAAAUAUCAUUUCAUUUAUUUAUGUAUGUACCUUAAUUUUUUUCCAGUUGUAUUUCAACAAUCAGUAUACCAAAUGAGCCUGGAAAAGAAAUAAAUUUGAUUUUA